GUCGCCAUCUUGGACUCUGGCUGAGCAAUAAAUUCCCCCUGCGGUUGUACGCGCUCUUUCUCGAGGCGCGCCUCCCUGGGAGAGGGCUCGGAUCUCGCGUCCCCGUCCCGGCCUUGCGGUGCUGGUGUGCGCGUGGCGUGGAGCGAGGGUAGGCCCCGCGUUGCUUCUUUGCCCGGCUCCAAGAUGGACGGCAGCGGGGACGGGGGAGGCCUCUCUGGGGGAGCACGUGGCGUGCCGCUGGCCUGCGCCCGGGGCUGCUGGGAUGGUGGCGGAGUCCAGCGGCCUCCAGCCGCCGUCCGGCAGGGAGGCCGGCGGAGGCGGGGCCGCGGCCGCCCCUGAAAGGCGCCCCGGCGGCGGCCCAGCCUCUUCUUUCCUCGCACAGCCAGACAGCCCUUGCUCGAGGCCCGCGUCGCCAUGGCCGCGGUUCCCGAGUUGCUGGAGCAGCAGGAUGAGGACCGCAGCAAGCUGAGAUCUGUGUCCGUGGACCUGAAUGUUGACCCUUCGCUUCAGAUCGACAUACCUGAUGCACUCAGUGAGAGAGAUAAGGUCAAAUUUACAGUGCACACCAAGACCACACUGCCCACAUUUCAGAGCCCAGAGUUUUCUGUUACCAGGCAACAUGAAGAUUUCGUGUGGCUGCAUGACACUCUUACUGAAACAACAGAUUAUGCCGGACUUAUUAUCCCUCCUGCUCCUACAAAGCCAGACUUUGAUGGCCCUCGAGAGAAGAUGCAGAAACUGGGAGAAGGGGAAGGAUCUAUGACAAAAGAAGAGUUUGCCAAGAUGAAGCAAGAACUGGAAGCUGAGUAUCUCGCUGUCUUUAAGAAGACUGUGUCUUCCCAUGAAGUCUUUCUUCAGCGGCUUUCUUCUCACCCUGUUCUUAGUAAAGACCGAAACUUUCAUGUUUUCCUGGAGUAUGAUCAAGAUCUAAGUGUUAGGCGGAAAAAUACCAAAGAGAUGUUUGGUGGCUUUUUUAAAAGUGUGGUGAAGAGUGCUGAUGAAGUCCUUUUUUCUGGAGUGAAGGAGGUAGAUGACUUCUUUGAACAAGAGAAGAACUUCCUUAUUAACUAUUACAACAGGAUCAAGGAUUCCUGUGCUAAAGCCGACAAGAUGACCAGAUGUCACAAAAGUGUUGCUGAUGACUACAUCCACACUGCAGCCUGCUUGCAUAGCCUUGCCUUAGAAGAACCCACAGUCAUCAAAAAGUACCUGUUGAAGGUUGCAGAGCUAUUUGAAAAACUGAGGAAAGUGGAAGGUCGAGUCUCAUCUGAUGAAGAUUUAAAACUGACAGAGCUCCUCCGAUACUACAUGCUCAACAUAGAGGCUGCAAAGGAUCUCCUAUACAGACGCACAAAAGCCCUAAUUGACUAUGAGAAUUCAAACAAAGCUUUGGACAAGGCUCGGUUAAAAAGCAAAGAUGUCAAGUUGGCUGAGACUCACCAGCAGGAAUGCUGCCAGAAGUUUGAACAACUUUCUGAAUCUGCAAAAGAAGAACUGAUAAACUUCAAACGGAAAAGAGUGGCAGCAUUUAGAAAGAACCUAAUUGAAAUGUCUGAAUUGGAAAUAAAGCAUGCCAGAAACAACGUCUCCCUCUUGCAGAGCUGCAUUGACUUAUUCAAGAACAACUGACCUGUCUCUACUCUGAAGAACGCCAGUGUGAAAGCCAGCAUCACCUGCACUUAACCCAUUACUGCAGAUGAAUAGCUUUGACUAGUCCAAAAAUCAUGUGAAUAAACACUUUGAUUUCUAAAAAUCUUAACAUUUAACCAUGUUGGUUUAAAAUUUUCAUUGCAUGUUACUUGGACAUAACUAAUCCUUUUCUUAUGCAUUUAAUACCUCAAAGUAGGUAGAAUCUAACAGAUUCUCCUAUAGAUUGUCAGGAAUUACGAAUAAAUGGUAUGGAGAUGUGUGCCUUCUGGAAAUGAGAAGCAAUAGCCUGGCUCAUGUCUGUCUCAACAUUUCCUGUGCCCCUACAGACAUGUCAGGUGCCAAUUACAACAAGUGGUAACUGUCUGUGGGCAGGUUGCAGGCACUGUUCUUUAAUUAGGUAGAUUUUGCUCCUCUUGUCAAGGUCACUUCAGAUGCUUGUACAGUGACAAGCAAGAUCUCACUUUGUUUAUGCACCCUCUACUGCUCCAUUUUUGUGACUGGGAUAUAAAUGCUUGAGGGAAAAGGAGAAUCUAGGGUUCUGACACUCCCUGAUGGUAGGGCAUGUGUGUUUGGACUUUGGAUGUUUUUAUAUAAAGUAUAUAAUAAAAUAAUCAUGUUGCCA